UGUCAUUACGACGUUCCCCCUCAUUUCCUGAUUGGUAGCUUGUCUCUGAAUAGCCGAGGUCAAGGGUAAAGAAGCAUGGCUGUCUUCUUUAGGGGAUCUCAGAACUUGUUGCAAAAAUUGAAGAAUCAUGUCAGCUUUGCAAAUGUUUCUUCCAGGGCUAUGGCCUCUAAAACCCCAGUUGGAUUCAUUGGGUUGGGGAAUAUGGGAAGCCACAUGGCAAAAAAUCUCCUGAAACAUGGCUAUCCAGUUUUUGCUUCUGAUAUAUUUCCAGAAUCUUGUAAAGAAAUUCAAGAUUUAGGCGCACAGGUCUUGGAUUCUCCAGCAGAAGUUGCUGACCGAGCAGACAGAAUUAUCACCAUGUUGCCCUCCAGCCCGAAUGUAAUAGAGGUAUAUACAGGGCUGAAGGGAAUUUUAAAGAAAGUGAAGAAGGGUUCACUGCUAAUAGAUUCCAGCACUAUUGAUCCUUCUGUUUCCAAGGAAAUGGCCAAGGAGGCUGAAAAAAUGGGAGCAGUGUUUAUGGAUGCCCCAGUAUCUGGAGGUGUUGGAGCAGCACGUUCUGGAAAACUUACUUUCAUGGUUGGCGGAGUAGAAGAGGAAUUCACUGCGGUUCAAGAGCUGUUAACCUGCAUGGGUACCAAUGUGGUAUACUGUGGUGAAGUUGGAACUGGUCAGGCAGCAAAGAUCUGCAACAACAUGCUGUUGGCUAUCAGUAUGAUUGGGACGGCUGAGACGAUGAAUCUUGGAAUCAGACUAGGGCUUGACCCCAAGCUGUUGUCAAAGAUCCUGAAUAUGAGCUCCGGUCGCUGCUGGUCAAGCGACACCUACAAUCCUGUUCCAGGCGUGAUGGAGGGGGUGCCCUCUGCCAACAACUACCAGGGAGGAUUUGGGACGACACUAAUGGCAAAGGAUCUGGGUUUAGCGCAGGACACUGCUACAAACACUAAAACAGCUAUUCCACUGGGAUCUGUAAGCCAUCAGAUCUACAGGGUGAUGUGUGCUCGGGGCUAUGCACAAAAAGACUUCUCGUCAGUGUUCCAGUUUCUCCGUGAGGAAGAAAAUCAGUAAAAAAGAAAAGUGCAUGGUAAAACCAAAUGCAGGGUAGAUGCUCCAGUAUUUUGAAAGGCAUAAGCUUUGAAACUCUGUAGGACAUAGGUCUGUUUUGACAGGUAAUGGGGGUGUUUUUGUUUUCAGUUUUUGAAAUCAUACUUUUUUGUUUGUUUGUUUUUAAAGAUCACAAAGCAGCACUUUUGCCAUAGUUUUAGUGAAUAAUGAAUACAUAUUUUGGAUUUUUUUUUUAUUACUAUUUCAACAAAGUAAGAUAAACAUGAAAGUCUCUUUCUAGUGGAGGUAAAAAAUAAAAACAAAAGGCCCCAAGAUUUUUCCCUGCAACAAUGAAAUGUAUUCAACAUGCAAAAACACUGUUACAUCAUAUAUACUAGCUGGUAUUAUUAAACGCUGUGCCAUUUACUCUUUGUUAAAUGGAAACACCAUUUAUAUACAUGUAUGUUUUGUUUAUUUAAUUUUUUUUGUUUUGUUUUAGUUAUCAUGCAUUUUAAUAUAACCACAACAACAUAAAGUGCAGUUAAACUGUUUUGUGUUCUAAAUUAAAGAAACAUACCUUUCUAUUCUG